ACGCACCGCACACGCACAUUUAGCCGUUUUUAGCGGCUCAGGAGCCUGCAGGUACGGUGUGUGUGUGUCACUCACUCUGGUUACUCCAACAGGGAGCCGGCUCUGAGAGCCGUUUCUUUAGCGACCGACACAUCACUACAUCAUUCCCUUUCCUAAUGUCCUGAAGAACGGUCCGGAGCGCAGGCGGAGUGUUUAGCUAACCUGCAGGAAAUGUCGACGACAGUUAUCCAGAAAGUAGCUAAGGGUUACCAGAGAUGUUUCUGAGGUGUUCGCUAGGUACUUUUAAGAUUUAAAAAGUCAAGAAGGGGGUCUGAAAAGCUGCUAGAAAUAGCGUCAAAGUCGCCAAGUUGGCAACACCCUAGAAGGAGCGCUUCAAUUGCAGCUCAGGGCAGCGCAAGUGGGAGGAGCAAAUAAUCGGCUUGUUUUGUUUUUAUAAUCGUUCAAAACUCAGAUCGUAAUCGUGAUUAAAAUUUGAUUAAUUGAGCAGCCCUAGCUUUCUAGCUAAUUAUAAACUAGUUAACUAUUUUAAUCUUGUUAUUUUCACUAACAGAUCUGGAGAGCCAGUGCUGCUAAUCUGAGACCAAAGCACAACACAAGAGGACAAUAUCUCCUCUGUCACAGCCCGGCUUUGCAUCUGGUGCCGUGUUUGUCAUCAGUACUGCAGCAGGACCGUCUCCCAAGCCAUCUCUUAUAUGAUGCUCCACUCGCUGGGAUAAUUCCAAAGAUCCGGAUGGUGAUUUCUAAAUCCAGCUUGUCACACGCAGCAGCUGGAAACAAACACAUGCUGGGGUUCUUUAGUCAUUAAACAGGAAGUGGGAAGAGAAGGAGUUGGUUAAAGAAGAUCAGACACUUUUAACGAUGACUUCUGUCUUGUUGAGCCGCUGUGGUUUCCCCUCCAGAGGAGAGCGUUUAACAGAUGCAGCGGAACGCUGCUCUCAUUAGUCACACAUGCUGUCGCCUGCCCCUCGCCAGAGACCCGCACCACCGCUCUAGAUGUUCCCAGUUUUUUUCAGCGACACUAGAGAGACACUGGAGGAACGGCUCAGACUCUGUGACUGAAUCUCACCAUGGCCAGAGUGGCGCUUCAGCUCCUGGGCUUCCUCUUUGGGCUGUUGGGUCUAGCAGGAGCCGUGGUUGCAGCCCUGCUGCCCCACUGGCGCAGCACACUCUACAUCGGCCCUGACAUGAUCACAGCCACCGCCUACAUGAAGGGCCUGUGGAUGGAGUGUGCCUGGCACAGCACCAACGUUUACCAGUGUGAGGAGUACCGAUCCCUGCUGGCGCUGCCACCGGACCUCCAGGCUGCCCGGGCCCUCAUGGUGCUCUCCUGCAUCAGCUCGGCCCUGGCCUCUCUGGUCACCGUGGCAGGGAUGAAGUGCACCAACUUUGUUCAAAGCUCAGGGAACAAAUCUGCUCUGGUGCUGAGUGGGGGGGUUGGUUUUCUCUGUGCUGGCCUUCUCUGCCUGAUCCCCAUUUCAUGGACCACCAGCGAUGUUACCACAGAUUUCCACAAACCCUUCUUCUCCGGCGGGAUGAGGUACGAGAUCGGGCUGGCGGUGUAUCUGGGUUAUGCCUCGGCCUGUCUCAGCCUGACGGGGGGGAUGGUGCUGUGCUGGAGCAGCAAAGGAGACGAGACAAAGACCCACCCCUACCUGCAGACGGGUCAGCCAUCAUCACCUCCUCCUGCUCCACCGUACAAGCCACCUGAAGACCUGAAGGACUACCGUGCUCACUCCUUUUCUUCCCUAACAAGCAGUGGCUACGGGCUGGAAAACUAUGUAUGAAGCUGCAAACACUCACACAACAGGCUGGAGAGUCUGAGUGAUACUGAAAAAGAUUCUGCAAGGAACCGAUGACCUUUUGAUUUUGACCUCUGAUUUCAAACAAGCAGUCGUUCACGUUUUAACAACAAUCAAAACAAAAGAAAAAUCCUGCAGACUGCAGAGGCAGCCAACCACGUGUUGGUGUUGUUGUAAUUCACCUCGAAUACCAGUAGGUGGCAGAGUUUUAAAGAAAACUAACCCUAACCCAGAGUCCAGAUUAAAAAUGUUCCAGUUCAGCUGUAACCCUCCAGCUUUGUUUAACGCCUUAAAGUAAAAUACUGUUUUGUUGUGUUUUUUUUACUUUACAGGUUUUUGCUAAAUUGAUUGUUAAUAAAAAUCCUCUUAACCCUCUAAAGAAAAUAGUUUUUAUUUA